AUGGUUCCGGGGCUGUAUAAGAUAUUUGACGAGAUUCUGGUGAAUGCGGCGGAUAACAAGCAGCGCGACCCGAGCAUGGACGCGAUUAAAGUGACCAUCGAUACCGCCAAGAAUAAGAUUCAGGUGUCGAACAACGGCCGGGGAAUUCCCGUGGAGGUGCACGCGAAGGAGGGGUGCUACGUGCCGGAGCUGAUUUUCGGGCAUCUUCUCACGAGCAGCAACUACGACGACUCGGCGCGCAAGACCACGGGCGGGCGCAACGGGUACGGCGCCAAGCUGGCGAACAUCUUCAGCACGGAGUUUGUGGUGGAGACGGCCGACGGCAGCCGGCAGAAGAAGUACAAGCAGGUCUUCUCUAAGAACAUGAGCGUGAAAAAGGAACCAGUAAUCAAGGACUGCAAGCCCACCGACAACUUCACCUCCAUCACCUUCCACCCGGACUUGGCCAAAUUCGGGCUCGAGUCUCUAGACACAGACCACGUGGCACUCAUGAGCCGACGUGUCGUUGACGUGGCAGGGUGCCUGGGGAAAUCCGUGAAGGUCACGCUCAAUGGCACGCGUGUGCCUGUGAAAUCGUUUGCGGAUUAUGCGGGGUUGUAUCUUGCCCCUCCUCCGCCGCCCACCCCGCAACCCCCCGCCACUCCGCCAUCAUCAGGGGAAGGGGGGAGCGGAGGGGGCGGAGGGGAAGGCGGGGAGGGGGCAGGGCGGAAGGAGGGGUGUCUGCAGCAGAAGCGGCAGCGGCAGCAGCUGCAGCUGCUGCUCAUCCUUCAACUCAUGAGAAGCUCCCAAGGUCCGAUUCACGAGAGGGUGAACGACUGCUGGGAGGUGUGCGUGUCCACCAGCGAUGGGCAGUUCCAACAGGUCAGCUUCGUGAACGCCAUUGCGACCACGCGAGGAGGCACGCACGUGAACAUGGUAUCAGAGCAGAUCGUGAGGUACCUGCUGGACAAGGCGCAAAAGAAGGCAGCUACUGGCAAGCACGGGUCCGCCAGUGGCGCUGCUGCCAUCAAACCCCACCAGGUGCGCAGUCAGCUGUGGGUGUUUGUGAACUGCCUGGUGGUGAAUCCAGCCUUUGACUCGCAGACCAAGGAGACGCUCAACACACGCCCCUCUGACUUUGGCUCCAAGUGCCACCUCUCGGAAGACUUUCUCAAGAAAGUGGCUGCCAAGUGCGGCAUAGUGGAGCAUCUGCUGUCCUUGGCAGCGCACAAGCAGACCAAGGAUCUCAAGCGCAGCGACGGCAGCAAGAGGCAGCGCGUGUCGGGCAUAACGAAGCUGGACGAUGCCAACGAGGCGGGUGGUAGGAAUGCGGAGCACUGCACCCUGAUAUUGACAGAAGGAGACUCUGCUAAGACUCUGGCGGCAACGCGCGUGUCGGGCAUAACGAAGCUGGGCGAUGCCAACGAGGCGGGCGGCAGGAAUGCAGAACACUGCAUUCUGAUCCUCACUGAAGGGGACUCUGCAUUGGAGGGUAGGAAGGACACUAUUCUGAUCCUCACUGAAGGGGACUCUGCCAAGACUCUGGCGGUGUCAGGGCUGAGUGUGGUUGGCCGCGACCGCUACGGCGUGUUCCCCUUACGAGGCAAGCUGCUGAACGUGUCAGGUCUGAGUGUGGUGGGUCGCGACCGCUACGGCGUGUUCCCCUUACGAGGCAAGCUGCUGAACGUGAGGGACGCGUCUCACCGGCAGAUGAUGGAGAAUACUGAGAUAGGCCACCUGAAGCAGAUCCUGGGGCUGCAGCAUGGGAAGAGCUACGAGAGCGUGAAGGCUCUGCGAUACGGGCACCUCAUGAUCAUGACUGACCAGAUGAUGGAGAAUACUGAGAUCGGGCAUCUGAAGCAGAUCCUGGGGCUGCAGCAUGGGAAGAGCUAUGAGAGCGUGAAGGCGCUGCGAUAUGGGCACCUUAUGAUCAUGACUGACCAGGUGAGUGAGACCGUGAAGACGCUGUCUUCUCAUCAACCUGCUGCACUCCUGCUGGCCGUCCCUGCUCAAGCACCCCUCUUGCUUUCGUUUCUUCUCUUCCUCCCUCUCAGCACCAUCAUUCACUCCAUCGUGCAUGUCUCCUCUGCCCUCACCACUCAUUCCCAUGCCACCCACCAGGACCACGAUGGGUCCCACAUCAAGGGUCUUCUCAUCAACCUGCUGCACUCCUGCUGGCCGUCCCUGCUCAAGCACCCCUCCUUCCUCCGCGAAUUCAUCACCCCGAUCGUCAAAGCCACCGGGCCUAGAGGCCGCACCCUCGCCUUCUACACCAUACCUGAGUACGAGGCUUGGAAGCGGACCUUAGGCUCGGACGCGAGGCAGUGGAAGGUGAAGUACUACAAGGGUCUGGGCACGAGCACGCCUAAAGAAGCCAAGGAGUAUUUUGCACAGCUGGACCGGCACAGGAAGGACUUUGAGUGGCGGGGGGAGGGCGACGGGGAGCGGAUCGAGAUGGCGUUUAGUAAAAAGGCGGUGGAUGCGAGAAAGCAGUGGCUGCGGUCCUAUGAGCCCGGCACGUACCUGGAUCAGACGGCGCAGCGCAUCAGCUACAGUGACUUUGUGGACAAGGAGCUCAUCCUCUACUCCAUUGCUGACAACAUGCGCUCCAUCCCCUCCGUCAAGCCCCUCAUACCCUCCUCCCUGCCCCAUCCCAUGAUCCCGGCACGUACCUGGACCAGACGGCGCAGCGCAUCAGCUACACCCGGCACGUACCUGGAUCAGACGGCGCAGCGCAUAAGCUACAGCGACUUUGUGGACAAGGAGCUCAUCCUCUACUCGCUUGCUGAUAACAUGCGCUCCAUCCCCUCCGUUGUGGACGGCUUAAAGCCGGGGCAGCGCAAGAUCCUGUUCUCGUGCUUCAAGCGCAAGCUGCACUCGGAUAUCAAGGUGGGUGCUGUGCGGUGCUGCGGCAUGACCUGCAGUGCAUGCAUGCACAGGCGUGCGCUCCAUCCCCUCCGCCGUCGAUGGGCUGAAGCCGGCACAGAGGAAGAUCCUGUGGCGCAGCUGGCAGGGUACGUGUCAGAGCAUGCAGCAUACCACCACGGCGAGCAGAGUCUGAUGAGCACCAUUGUGAACCUCGCCCAGGACUUUGUGGGCAGCAACAACGUCCACCUGCUCGUGCCCUCGGGGCAGUUCGGUACUCGCCUGCAGGGCGGAGGGCGGACGAUGGAGGGGGUAGCGCAGGAGGCAGAGGGUGGUGGGCAGAGGGAAGGGAGAGGAGGGCAUGGUGCAGAGAGAAUAGGGUGGAGGGCAGAGGGCGGUAGCAGGGGACCGAAGGGAGUUCCAGCUACUCCUUCCUCUCCCUCCUCUCCCUCCUCUCCCUCCCCUCCCUCCCCUCCCUCCUCUCCCUCCCCUCCCUCCCCUCCCUCCUCUCCCUCCCCUCCAUCCAAUCCCUCCUCUCUCUUCUCACCCUUAUCUUCCUCCUCUCCCGCCUCUCCCUCCUCUCCCGCCUCUCCCUCCUCUCCCUCCUCUCCCUCCUCUCCCUCCUCACCCUCCUCUCCCUCCUCUAUCUUCUCUCCAUUCUCUCCCUCCUCUCUCUCCCCUCCCUCCUCUCCCUCCUCUCCCGCCUCUUCCUCCUCUCCCUCCCCUCCCGCCUCUCCCUCCUCUUCCUCCUCUUUCUUCUCUCCCUUAUCUCCCUCCUCUUCCCCCUCUCCCUCCACUCUCUCCUUUACCGCCUCUCCCUCCUAUCCCACCUCUCCCUCCUCUCCCUCCUCUCCCUUCUCUCCAUCCUCUCCCUCCUCGCCCUCCUCUCCCUCCUCUCCCUCCCCUCCCUCCUCUCCCUCCCAUCCCUCCUCUCUCCCCUCUCUCUCCUCUCUUCCUCCUCUCUGCCCCUCCUUGGCUGACGACGCACUGCUGGAUUACCUGGAUGACGACGGGCAGAGGAUCGAACCCAAGUGGUCGUAUGAGCCUAAUGUGCCCCCUUUUCUCUCCCCUCCCCCCAGGUACGUGCCCAUCCUGCCCGUGGUGCUCAUCAACGGCAGUGAAGGCAUCGGCACGGGGUACGUGCCCAUCCUGCCCAUGGUUCUAAUCAACAGCGGUGAAGGGAUUGGCACGGGGUGGAGCUCGUACGUGCCCAUCCUGCCCAUGGUGCUCAUCAACGGCAGUGAGGGCAUAGGCACGGGGUGGAGUUCGUAUGUGCCAACGUUCAACCCACGGGACGUGGUGGCGAACCUCAAGAGGCGCAUGAGAGGGGAGCCCAUGCUGCCCAUGCACCCCUGGUUCCGUGGCUUCAAGGGUUCCAUCCAGCUGACGUCAGCGCGGCAGGGAGGAGGCAACUCGUACACCGUGACAGGUGUCGCGACGCGAUUGGCCAGCAGCAGCGGCGGGCGCAAGGGCGAGAAGCAGCCGCAGCAGCAGGGAGUGACAGGUGUCGCGAUUACAGAGCUCCCCAUCCGCACGUGGACCCAGAACUACAAGGAGUUUCUGGAAGGGAUGAUGGGAGGAGCGGGUGGUGGUCAUGGUGGUGGGGAGGGAGGGGGAAAGGUGGCGCUGAUUAAGGACAUGAGGGAGUAUCAUACUGACACGUCGGUGCAUUUUGAGGUUGAGUUUACUGCUGAAGGAGCGGCGUAUUUCAUGGGAGAAGGAGGGACGGUGGGAGCGAGGAGAGGAAGUGCUGCAGCGGCUGCUGCUGCCUCUGCUGCUGCUGCUGCGGCGGCGGCGGCGGCGGGGGCAGGUGCUGCAACUGCUGCUGGUACUGCCACUGGUGCUGCUGCAACGGCAGCAGCAGCUGGUGGUGCUGCUGCUGGGGUGGGUUUUCCUGAGGGUGAAGACUUGGAAGCGGGUGCAAGGUCGCCUGGGAGUGGAGACGUAGGGGGGGAGGGGAUGGGCGGAGGAGGAGCGGGAUGUGAGGGGGAGAGAGCAGAGGGGCAAGAGGAGGAGGAGGGGGAGGAUGCGAGGAGGGAGAGGGAGGAGAGGAGGGCGCGGGCGCAGUGGGCUGUGAUGGAGAAGAGGCUGAAGCUGACGACGACGAUGAACACGGGCAACAUGCAUCUGUUUGAUGCUGAGGGGCGCAUAAAGAAAUACGACAGCCCGGAAGAGAUAAUCGAGGACUUCUAUGGCAUUCGCCUGGGGUACUACGAGCAGAGGAAGGAGCACCAGCUGGCGCAGCUGAGGCACGAGCUGCUGCGGCUGGACAACCGAGCUCGCUUCGUGCGGGCGGUGAUUCAAGGGGAGGUGGUUAUCACCAAUAGGAAACAAGCCGACAUUGUUGCUCAGCUGAAGGCCCGUGGUUUCACCCCUCUCCCCAAGGGCCACGCUGCCGCCCCUGUCGUGGUUGCUGACGUGGACCCGGGCAGCACUGACGUCAGCGCGGAUGGGGAGGACGUGCAUGCUGACGUGGAGAUGGACGACGUGGAGGCACCAGCAGGACAAAAGACAGGGAAGGGAAAAAACACAGCAAGAGCAGCGGGAAAAGCAGCAGCAGCGGGAACAGCACGGGCAGCAGCAGCACCACCACCAGCAGCAGCGUAUGAGUAUCUUCUAGGGAUGGCUCUUUGGAGCCUGACGUGGGAGCGCGUGGAGCAGUUGGAGAGGGAGAGGCGGGGGAAAGAGGAGGAGGUGGUGGUGCUGCAGGCGACCUCGCCCCUGCAGCUGUGGGAGAGGGACCUCGACCUGUUUCUGGAGACUCUCGAGGAGGAGGUGGUGCUGCUGCAGGCCACGUCGCCCCUGCAGCUGUGGGAGAGGGACCUCGACCUGUUUCUGGAGACUCUCGAGGAGGUGGAGGCAGAGGCGGCUGAGGACGAGAGGGAGAGGGAGCGAGCCGCCAAUCAGCACAAGGCACGUGGCAGGAAUGCAGCAGGGAGGAAGGGCGGCAAGCAGCAGGCAGGGGGGGGAAGCAGGGGGAAGAAGGCAGGGGUAACCGGCGGAGGAGGGACCGGGGGAGGGGGAGGAGGAGGGGGCAGGGGGGAGGCAAAGGGCAGAGCAGCGAGUGAUGGGAGCAAUGGGGAGAAUGAAGAGAAGAGGGAGGAGGGUGCUACGGAUGGAAGCGAGGAAAUGGAUGAGGACAGGGAGGGAGAGGAGGGGAGUGAGAGUGAGGAGGACGCUGAGGAUGAAGGGGAGGAGAGUGAGGACGAUAGUGACUUCGAACCAACAACAGCAAAGUCUAAGGGCAGGGCUGCAGUGCCAGUGGACACGCCAACACCAAGACAGUCCACUCCCCGCCACUCCUCCCGCCUCACCCGCACCCAAGCAGCAUCAGCAGCAGUACCACCAACAGCUGCUGCUGCUGCUCCUCCUGAUGCUGCCUCUCCCCAACAGUCGAAUGAACAGGCAGGCACACAGGCACAGGGAAAUACAUACGCACAGGUAGAAAACGAUGCAGAGGGGUCAGGAGGCCAGGGAGGAGAGCAAGAGCAAGAGGAUGUGGAUGUGGAUCCGUCACCACCCUUCCCACCGCCGUCGCCAGCAGCAGCAGCAGGCAUGGGGGAGUCUCCCCCUGUGAUUGAAAUGACAUCAUCCGAGGAAGAGGGUGGGGCGUUCGGCUUGCAGGCGGGUGGGGGGCUGCGACUGGGUGCUGCCUCUGACCCAUACUCUCUCCAUGCAUCUCCCUCCGCAUCCCCACCGCUCUCCACUCCUCUCCACGCCUCUUCCACCCCCAACCCCCCCACAAGCACAGCCACACCUGUAAAGGUCGUGGAGGUGGGAGAGGGAGAGGGGCAGGUGGGAGGGGGCGAGGAGCGGCGAGUGGGAGAGGAAGAGGGAGAGGGGGGAGGGGAGGAAGAGGACGAGGAGGAGCUGAAGCAGGUAGUGGUAGUGGCAGUGGUGGAGGGCGAGGAGCAACGAUUGGGAGAGGAGGGAGGGGAGGAAGAGGAGGAGCAGGAGCAGCAGCUAGUGGUGGUGGCAGUGGUGGAGGUGUAG